CCCGGAAGUACUUCUAAGCGGUACUAAACAAGAUGUGUCGUUGGCCGCUCAGUUAGCUGCUAAACUAGUCGGGAAGUUGCAGUUUUGUAAUUUGACAUUUGAAUAUUGAAUAAACCAUGCGGGUUAUCGGCUCUUUGAGCGCGAGUGUCAACGUGUCAGAGUCCGUCAGUGUGUGACGUUUGAAUGCCGCACAGUUGCCCAGGUAAAUUAGCUCAGCAUUGCUAACGCCACUGAGGCCAGAGGCUACAGCGUCUCUGCCUGGUUAACGUGGAUGUUUGUUGAAUUACUACCCGCGGUUAACUAACACGGCGCAGGGAAUGCUGCCUUUCUCGACGAACACGAAAAUCAGUCCGUGUUGAAAAACUCAUCAGUGAAGUCGAAAGCAGGUUUUUGAUGGUGAAUCUUAGCAGGAGAUUAUAAGACGAAAAUAAAAGUGCAGUCAUGGACGAUUUCAGCUCGAUUAGCCUGUUGUCUCUUGCCAUGUUGGUGGGAUGUUACGUGGCCGGGACGAUACCUUUAGCAGUCAACUUUUCAGAGGAAAAGUUGAAGCUGAUCACUGUGCUGGGAGCUGGGCUGCUCUGUGGGACUGCGCUUGCUGUUAUCAUUCCUGAGGGAGUCCACGCACUUUAUGAAGAAAUCCUUGAAGGUGCACACCACAGCCACGGUCAGGCCGGAUCUGUGGAAGCGUCCGAGGUGAAGGGCGAAGGAGAUGCUGCUCUCAGUGUCAGCGGGAAACACGAACACAGUCACGAACAUCUUCAUGCCUGCAUUGGAGUGUCUCUGGUCCUGGGCUUCGUCUUCAUGCUGCUGGUGGACCAGAUCGGCAGUUCUCAUGUGCACAGCACUGAAGAUCCAGAAUCGGCGAGAGCCACCUCUUCAAAAAUCACCACCACCCUGGGUCUGGUGGUUCACGCUGCAGCUGAUGGAGUGGCACUCGGAGCUGCAGCCUCGACCUCUCAGACCAGCGUUCAGCUCAUUGUUUUUGUAGCGAUCAUGCUCCAUAAGGCACCAGCGGCGUUUGGCCUAGUGUCUUUCCUGAUGCAUGCUGGUCUUGAAAGGAACCGCAUCCGCAAGCAUCUUUUGGUCUUCGCCCUGGCAGCACCUGUCCUCGCCAUGCUCACCUUUUUAGGCCUUAGUCAGAGCAGCAAAGAGGCCCUGUCAGACAUCAACGCCACUGGUGUCGCCAUGCUCUUCUCCGCCGGCACUUUCCUCUACGUGGCCACCGUCCACGUCCUCCCCGAGGUCGGCGGCGGUGGCCACAGCCACGCCCCCACGGGAGGGAACGGAGGGAAAGGACUGAGCAAGGUGGAGGUGGGAGCGCUGGUGCUGGGCUGCCUCAUUCCCCUGGUGCUGUCUGUCGGUCACCACCAUUAGACCCUGGACUCUGUGCAGAGUUCAGACGAGUGUACAGGGGAACGAAGCAGGAACAGAGACUUUAAAAAAAAAAACCGAGGUGGAUAUAAAUGUCUUAUUGUCUUGUCUGCUGAUGGACCUGAUGGACCAGGUUGGUGCUCGCUGCAGGAGAAUCUCAUGACUCCAGUGAACAGUGAAUGAAUGACUUGAGGCAAAUCGGUAAUUGCAGUGAAAACAAAGGCACACAACAAAAACAUUGUUUUAUCUUUUUUUUGUUUUUUUUGUUUUUUGAGGUUAGGUUUGUGUCCUUUAAUGCCACCAGCUGUGUGGAUCUUUUCUCUGCCACAGGAUGGUUUAUCUCACUUUCUUUACGUGACCGUGCAGUUUUUCGGUGUCGCAUCAUCGUGCUUGUUCAAAAUCCAAAACCCAGUGCAGUGAUGUUCUCGUCGAUGGCUGUUGCACAGUGAGAUUAGAUAGAUUUAGUCUUGGUUAAGCUUGUGAUGUUGAGAAAGUAAAACUUUUUUUAUAACGUGUGUGUGUGUGUAUAACUGUACAGGUCUCUUGGCAACAAUCCGGACUGAUGUUGAGCUCGUUUUUCAAGUGCCAUAUUAACAUGUUUGAAGCAGACCCUCAGAUGAAACAGCGCUGUCGAGACGGUCCGACAAAUGCCAGUAUCACAACAUGAUCUGUCGCUUUAAUUUAAACCUGAUAAGUUUCUUGGUGUGGUCAUUUCUGUCCUGUUUUCCAUGGAGAAUAAUUAUUAUUCUAAUAAGGAAAAACCUGCUCGUUCUCGACUAUGACCGUGUUCUUAAGCUUAUUUCAAGGUGGAGGGUCGUCUCAGGAGAACCUGAAUGAAUAACUUUGCUCAUCAACGUCAUAAUCUUGCGGGGACCAUUGGCUUAGGUGUUGUUUUUGUGUUCAUUUUAAGUACAUUUGCUCUGAAAUAAUGAAUUAUAGCUGAGCAAUAAAUGUCAAAACAAGAGU